CUCCUCGAGGGAUGACUCCGAGACCAUGGCCACAUCCGAAUCCGGCACACCACAGCGGGUGCAGAUCAGCCGGACAAAGGAGCGGGUGGGGAUGUGGGAGAUCGAGUCAUCAAAGCACCCUCAAGGAGCUCUUACUUUUGAUCUCCAACAGCUCUCCCUGAUCCUUUGCACAGCAGAUCUGAGCCCUUGACAUUUUCUUCGAAUCCCGGAGAGAAGGCCAAAGCACCAAUCACCGAACUUCUUAGACAUUUUCGCAACACCCGCUAGCUGCCCAACUUUACCUACGCUCCACCUUUUAGUGUCUUUGCGUUUGCAUCUUCGGGCGCGAGUACUUCCUCGUGCGAUUCCUCACAUUUAUUUUUGCGCUUGGGCCGCCGGUGGGCUGCUGACAUGAGCGUACAUACGGUGCAGCUUUUCUGUUGGAAGCUGUGGGAGAGAGGCGCGAGGGGACAAGAUGGAUGGGAACUGGGAUUGAUUUUUGGCGUGUGCAUGUAUUUUCUGGAUGGGUUGGAACGGGUGCUCCGAGACAGGUUUUCUUCUUCGGAUGCAGAUGCAAGCACACCUCCCCUCCCAAGGCGGACUUGGUGGACUUGGACGCGUACACCUCACCUACAUCUCGCCUAUACCUCCUCGUCUCAUCUUCAGGGCACUGAUCCCUUUCGAAUGGGAUUAUUGAGAAGGUUUGGAGAUGAAUGCGAUGUCCUGGAGCUGAUCUCGCCUCCUCCUCGCUAGGGAUCAAAAUUCCCACCAAAACACCGGGAUGAAUUUAUGCAGCACGAGCCCCUGGUUUGCAAGAUCUCCCUUGUACGAUGGGGUUCAAAGCGUUGUCUUUACUACCUAUUACAGAUUUAACCUUUGAUUCACAGCUCUACCGUUCGCCUCCCUCCUCCGUCGAUACCCGUCUCCCCACCGCCAGCGCAUCCAUUCCCUCACUCUGCCUCGUUUCUCCCGUUGAAAAGCUACUUUGCUACACUCGUCCAUCCUUCACCGUCUUCCGCGAUCUUGUUCGAUCGUUCGAAACGCAAUUAAGGUUUUGCGCCGGCUAAAUGCUACGGCAAAUUCCGUGUCGGUAAACGUGCUCUCUGCGGAU